AUGAAACCUAGGAAAAAUUCAUGCUUGCUCAAGCUGAAUUAGAAUCAAUUAAGAAGGGAGAAAGUGAAACAAAUUGUUGUUGAAAGAAAAGAUAAUAUAGGAAAGACUGUGGAUUACAAAUAUUCGUAAUAGGUUUAAGUUAGAAAGAGUGGAUUUUUAUAGACUUUAUAAUGA